UCUCAACUCUCAAGUCUCAUAUUUUCUCAAUCCGAAUACCGAAAUUCAGAAAAUCAUAACAAUGAAAAGUUUACGAUGUGUUCUUAGCUAAAAUUUAUAUAAACUGUCUGAGGAAUUCGCUUUUGUCUAAUCUAUUUUACGUUAAUUUUUUUAGUAAUUACAUACCUAUAUAUUUUAGUUGAUUUCCAUCUAGAAUCUGUAAUACGUUGUUUCCAAACCGAAAAUUGAGCUCUAGCUAGUAAAAUUUUGAAGUGAAUCGAAGAUUUUGCUGCCAGAAUCUCCAACUUGUCAUAAUUAGCUUUUUAAUUUUAAUUCCUGGAAAUCAGUAAAGAUACCCUUACUAAAUUCUUUAUAACACCUAUGUUUAUGGCCACUUGUAAAAUAGAUUAUUUCAUUACAUAUUAAAAAUAUAUUUGCGGAUUCAUAUUAUAACAAUAAAAAAUAUCUAAGAUGGAUAUACCAUUUCCAGCUAUAAGGCCUCUUCUAACAUUUGCAGACUGGUUUAAUGCAGAUAAUCCUUGUGAUGAGGAUGCAGAAUUAACUAAGCUAGAGCAAGCACAUCGUCGAUGGCUUAAUUCCUUUACCAAGAGAUGUGUGAAACAUGCUCCAGUAGAAAAGUCUGAUCCAGAACCGAUUGAUGAUGCAGAAACAGACGAUGGUGGUAAUGAAGACGCCGAUGAAUCGGAAGACUCGCACGACGUUGACGAGGAGGAGCGCAUCCCUGCCACAGAUUCACCAGAACACAAUGAGCAAGAACAGAACAAUCUAGAUGACGAUUUUAUUCCCGAUGUCGAAGUAGUUGAAGCCAGUCUGUGGCCUUACACCAUCUCAGACCCAUAAACUAUUUGUAAUUAUGAAAACACAAACUUAAGCUUAUACAUCUUCAAAUGUUUAAAUUAUUCGACAGUCAAAUUAUCAUUUGCCCGCACGAUUCAAAUUGCAUCGCAAAGAUUUAAAUUAUUUUGACCCUGUGUAAAGUGUAAUGCUGUGUGCACUGAUCGAGUGAAGUGGCUGACGCAUUAGCAUAUAGAACCGAGGGGUCCUUUGUUCGAUUCCCGGUGGAAUGUCUCGGUCUGGCAGGGCACAGAAGGGCGAAGGCUGAUCACCCUCUUGUCCCUAAAGAAAUAAUUCGAUCAGUGAAAUAGAUAUUGUAUGCAAUACAUCUGCGCCUUACCCCACAGUGUAAUAGUUAAUACAAAAAGACAAGAGAUAAUAAUUAUCAAGAAUCUGUACUAGAUACCGUUAAGAUGAAAAAAAAAAGAACUAAAAUAAUAUGUUACUGCUAUACAGCCUGCAAGCUGGUAUGAUGGUAGAAGUUGUUGCGAAUCUUUUGCAUUGCGAAAUUUACGCGUAUUUUAUAUUGUGUAUUGUGAAUUGGAGAGUACGGUCUACACAUAGAAAUCUAAAUAACAAGGCACUAGAAGUCGUAAGCGCGCGUGACAUUGUCGCCGCUCAGAUGGUUACCACACCACAAGUGCGUUCGUCGCUGUUCAGUUGCUCUAGAGACGUGCGUGUGUAAACAUGGUGUGUUUCAGCAUUUCCCAUUGCGGAAAUACUUCCACAAGUUGUAAUUAUACUAAUAAAGGAAUAACAUCUCAUCGGUAAAUAUUUUUUUUUAGAAAUAAUGCCGUUUUUCCUUAAAAUUAAAGAAUAUUUACAAGUAUUACGAGUGUCACCAUAGUAAUCGAAAUAACAAUGAAUGACACAGCCGACCAUUCUUAUUAUCACGUUUAACACAAAUUUCAACCUUAUUUCUAUGAGUUUAUGUUCAAAGUUAUAUCUAUUGAAAAUUGACAACCUCUGUUGUAGAAAAGCCGAAUUUUUUCGUAUUGGAGCAAAAAGAAACAAAACGUCUCAUAUACUUAGGGAUGUUAUUCUAAAAUAAACCGUAAAUUCGUGCGUUAGGAUACAUAUUCUAAAGCUUAAUUUAAUAUUUAAGUGAGUUUUCACUAAAAUCAAGCUGUCCAAUAAAAGGCAUAGUUUACUUGUGUGUAUUGUUUAGCUAUCGGUUUAAAUGUGUUGAUUUUGGCGACAGCGGUUUUCAUACGAAUUAUGACAUUAAA